GUAUCUUCUACCAAAACACCACCGAGUGGGAAGGCGGCCCCAAACAUCGAUUCUGCGCUGUCGCAAUCUGUCAUCACCAAACAAUAUCGUCAUCAUCACAAUCCAAACAUGCCUCCAACACCUCGUCGCCUGGUGCGCCGACGCCCGCUAUCCGAGCGGAUACAGGCCUUUCUCAACCCUAUGGACUUUUAUAUCUGGAUCUCGGAGGAAAUCCAAAGCUUCGAUUGGGACUCGACUGCUUUCGGCACUUGGUUUGGUCUGAUUGCGAAUGUUCUCUUCCUACUUGCGAGAGCGAACGCAAACAUUAGUGGAGGGCUUGUCGACGAUGAUGUCUUCUCGGAUGCUCCCUCCAGCGGCUUUACAAAGGCAUUGAUUAACUUCCUCAUCUGGGCCCUGAUGCCCAUCUCUGGUCUCAAUGCCUUCUACACCAUGACCCGAUCGCGCCACUACCGACUAUUCGAAGCGAACGUCGAGGCUCAAGGCCCUUCAACCCCUUCCGCGCACCGUGUCCGAGUCGAUUCUUCGCCGUCCACCCCAACACCCCUUCGAUAUCUUCAAAACUUUGCAAAAGGCGAAUCGGCCGAGGCGCGCGCUCAUCCCGACAAGACGCGCGACGUCUGGGAGGUGGCCGUUUGGGAUCCGUACCCGGCAACAUUGCGUAUUUUCUGCCUCUUCAGUCCCGGCCAUGUCCUCAUCUACAUGCUCUUCCUCCCCUUGGCAGCCCUCGACCCGCGCCCGAGCGUGACCGUCUUCAAAAUCCUUAUCCUCCAGCUCCUCCUCACAGCUCAGAUGCUCCUCCUGACCUCCCGCUUCACCCAGCAAUCCAAGGACAUGAACAUCAUCCACCGCGAAGUCAUGCACGAAUACGACAUCAAGUACGUGCACCCACGGGUGUACCCUAUUUACCGCGAGGUAGCGACCCAGGUCUCGAUUGUCGACGACGUUUUGGAAGAAGAAUCGGUAGCUAUCGGCACCCCUUCGACCAUCAUCCGCCGCGGCUUCGAAACGCAUCCGAACCCAAACUACUCCAAACACUUCGACCCCGACGGUGUCCUCAAGCAGAGCAGAGAACUAACACAAACCGACGCUUCGACUCCCGCGGCGCGACCCUACACACCCAUCACCACCGGCCGACCCAGUUUCGGAUCAGUAACCUCUUCAAGCACCACCACUACUACUCGCACCCCGACGACCCUCCUCCGCCAAAACAGCUACGGCAACACCCCCUCGACCAUCUCGAUGACCGCCCGCCCAACACCUAGCAAGAGACAGGUCGCCCACGCCGGCACCACCCCCUACCCACCACGUAAAGCAGCAGGCGGCGGCGGCGGCAGUCUUGGCGUGUACCAGCACAUGAACUCCCCACUCAAGCGAACAGCCAGCGUGGGCACCGACGCGCCUUCGCCCCGCAACGGCCGCGAGAUGGCGGCGCUGGAGCAGAGAGACUUGGCGGAUAGGCUGAUUAGGCAGCACAGCCCCGUGAAGCCGAGUCCGUUAAAGAGCGAGAUUUAUCCUGCUGCUGCCGGUGGGUCGCCCAGGAAGUCAUCGGCGGCGGCGAGCAGGGAUGGGGAUGGGGAUAGUAGUGCGUAUGUGCAGCAUUCGCCGGCGACGUUGAAUAAUGCGCGGGCGAACAGGUGGGCGCAUGAGAGGUUUCCUACGAGAAGGGUUUAGUCGGGGAGUUUAGAAGAUUGAAAAGAGGAUGAGAAAUGUAAAAGGGGGGAUUAAGCUGUUUUUCUCUCUGCCUUUGACGAUGUAUCAUCAACAUUUGGAGUUCUAUGCGAACGGCGUUGUUGGGGGAAAGGGCCGGGGUUUUUCUGAUUCCAUAUCUCUGAAAGAAAGAAGCGAGUUUGUGUAUCAUUGAAACAAAGGCGGCGAUGUAUUAUUUUAAAACGUACUUGAGAAGGGCAUAUAGUAUGGCGUUCUUCUUUCUCUAGGGCAUAAUUACAAGCACCCACGGAUUUUCAUCGUUAGCUUACCGAACUCUCGAUCACAUCGGAUGUCCACCCAUGUCCGUGU